AUGUCAGUACAAGACGACAGCUCGCUGCUUCCAACCGAUCAAGGUCAAUGUCUCAACAUCCGCUGUAAACACUGCCCAACGGGGGACGGCCACAUUAGGCUCGAAUUCACGGUCGACGAAAAUAGAAAACUGCUUGUCAAUGGGUUUGAACUCUUUCCCUCCCACGGCGAUGGUGAGGAGACGCCGAUGACUGCCAAUGUGCAUGAUGUCGGUGGCAAUGCAAAGGCAAUACAUGAGGAAGCAAUCAGCUAUGAACUCAGCACGGCAACCAAGGAAAGAGACGAAAUCGAAGGAAUCGAAUUGAUCGAUGUAGACUACAAGAUCCUCCAGGUUGACUCCGUUGUGGUUCAAGACAUUCCUACAGUGCACGUGCGCCUUAUCAAGCUUCCAAGUGACGACAUUCUGAUAGGGGUACUAACCACAAGUGAGGAGGAGGAUUACGACGCCGACUGUGGCGCUGUGCAGUGCUGGGCUUACAAACUCAGCUUCGGGGCCCUUGGGUCUGCCGGCGACAUGAUUCCGAGCUGUUGUAGCAAGAGUUCAACCCAGGCCAACCACACAUCUAGUGAGGUCGAUUGGCGCCCUUCCCUUAACUGGGAGAAGACUUCGCUGCAGGGUUUGCAGCUUGGUGUGCUUGCUUGUCUCCUGCUUGCCUUGUCCUAA